AUGAGCGACGAGGCUCUAAGUUCAUACACCGUGGCGUCGUCGCCUCUGGCUACAGAUACAGACCAACAAGUCGUGUUUAAUAUACGAAAACCAACCACCCGUUCGUCAGAAGCAUAUUUACUUCCCAAAUCACCAAAGAUGGUUCACUAUCCUAAUAACGAAGACACACUUCCCUUUGAAUCGCCAGACAAUAUGUACCGAUUAGAGCAAUUAGCAGAUGGAAUGGAUCAAUUGGAAACAACCAUUGGCCAGUUGGCAAAAGUACACACCCUGAUUAAUGAUCAUCUUAAUGAGAGUAUUGCAAGUUUAAUACAUGGACUUACAAUCUCCAUGUGGUGUGUGGAUUAUCCCGGAGUACCCAAUAAACUGCAGAUCGAAGCUAUGCGUAAUCAUCAGAAAGCAAUUAGCGAAACCAGAAAAAUAGAAUCCCAAAUAACGUUGGCUCAAAAGGAAAAUCAAUUACUACGAGAAAAGUUGCAGCAGUUGAAACAACGUCAGAAUGGAUUACGAAAUCUGCGAAGGGGAAAUAGAAUAUCAGGACAAAAUUCAAGAGUUCCUGCCGUUGUAGAAAGGCUCACGAGAAUGGCUCCACCUAUUCGGAAGCCAAUCCUGAUUAAACAAAUCAAAACUCAUAAACCUACCUCGGAAGCCAUUAAAUCAAAAACUCUUCAAGAACGGAAUACCCCUAAUAAUAAAUCAAGGAUACCGAAACCAACACUGACUAAGAAUAGAGAAUGGGGAAAUAAUCCUAAUCUUAACCAGCCUCCACGGUAUUUAAAAGGUUUGUUUGACAGUUCGGAUGAGUCCAAAUAG